CCACUACUACAAAUACCAUUACCACGUGUGUUUACGGCCACGCUCUUACAACAAUCUGGAAGCGCACGACGCCGAUUGCAUCGGUGGUUUGGUGUCAUCGUAGGCGGAACAGCAUGAAGAUCAAGCAGAAGAAGAGUAAACGGAUACCGUGCGCGAAACGGUAUCGAAAUCAGAAGCAGCAGAAGGAGAGGCAGAGGAAACUCAAAAAAGAAGCCCGGAAGAACCCCAUUAAGCCGAGGAACCCUGACAAGGACUUGCGAGUACCAAACAAAGCGCCCUUCAAGGAGCGUGUCCUUCAAGAAGCAAUUCGGGUAAAAAGCGAAAUGUUGGAUCAGAAGAAGCUGCAGCGCUUGGAAGCCAGAGCUCAGCGCAUGCAGGAAAAAUUCGCGGUCCACUCGGGAGAAGACGCCGCUGCGUUGUCCGCCGCUGAUGUCCCAUCAGAGAUGACUGAGAAAGCGGACCACGCUGCCCAUAGCUUCGUGCAGGAGGUGAACAAGGUUAUCGAGAAGUCGGACGUAGUAGUUCAGGUCCUAGAUGCUCGGGACCCUAUCGGAACUCGUUGUAGGGAGAUUGAGACGGCCGUGGUGAAUUCGGGGAAGAGAUUGGUGCUCUUGUUAAAUAAGUGUGAUCUGAUUCCUGCAGAUAAUCUUAAGGCCUGGCUAAGUCAUUUACGACUGGAGCUGCCGACGGUUCCUUUUAAAGCGUCCACUCAGUCCCAGAACAGCAGAUUGUCCCAGAACCGUGGAGUCAAUAUCCAAAAACUAUAUGAGGACGAUGUGAUUUCUAACAAGCGAUGCCUCGGCGCGCAGCAUCUUCUGAAAAUACUGGGUAAUUAUUGCCGCAAUCGAGAUAUCAAGACAAGCAUCAAAGUGGGCAUUGUGGGUUAUCCCAACGUCGGCAAGAGCAGCGUAAUUAAUAGUUUGAAACGGAGCAAAGCAUGCGUGACCGGUGCAACCCCAGGUGUGACGCGUCAGGCUCAGGAGGUGACUCUCGACAAAUAUAUCCAGCUUGUAGAUUCCCCUGGAGUCAUCUACGAUAAGAGAGAUUGCGUUGCCGCAACCCUGCGAAACGCCCGACGGGUCGAAGCCCUCGAAGAUCCUGUCAGCCCUGCUCUCGAGAUAGUGAAGCGGGCAAACAAGGAGCAAUUGAUGCUUCAAUACAAGGUGACGGAAAAUUUCCGGGACGGUCAAGAAUUUCUGGCGUUGUUAGCGAGAGCAAGGGGUUUUGUCGGUAGAGGCGGCAUCUACAAUCCCGACCAAGCGGCUCGUCUCCUGAUAAACGAUUGGAAUUCGGGCCGAAUCAAAUACUACACUGUGCCUCCAGAAGAAUCGUCCUCAGAUUCCAAGUGGAGAAUCUCUACAAGCAUAGUCUCAACUUUCGCUAAAGAGUUCGAAAUGGAUUUCAAGUCUACUGACGAAUCACUGAUGAGGAGCUUGCCACGUAUCAUGCCAUCGAGCUCGGUGCUGUUGGCGGACGCCAUCACGGAGCACGACCUGGGCUGCGACCAGCAUGAGUCGCAGAGGAUGGAUACGAUCGAUGUCGCUGAAAAAAACGACCCUGCCGCUCAUCUUACAGGGGAGGUGAGAAUUAGAGAGAAGCAGGGGAGACAGAAAAACUCCAGGGUUGAUGACGGUUACAACGAACCGAUUCGGGACGAGUCAUACAAAAAUCUUCGGCAGAACCGUGGUAUGAAGGAUUCCUUCAAACGAGUAAAGAAACUGCGCAAAAGGGCUGAUAAAAUUUCAGAGAAGUUGACGAAAAGUCUCAGGGAUGCCCUCGGAUAGAUCUGCGAUUAAUAAAUAAUCUGCU